UUCAAGGUUAAUAUCAGCGACCACAAGAUGGCGUACAUUAUGCGACGCUACUUUGACGUCCCUGUUUAAAGUAAAAUAUUAUCGUUUCUGCUCGAAAAAAUGUGAAAAAUUACCGUCGGUCACGUUAUAUUUGGUCUUCCUACGUUCUUAAUGAAUAAUGUGGUGGACAGAAAUUGUGUUAAAUCGGAAGUUUGGACCAAUCAACGUAUUUGGAUCGGUGCACGCACUGUACGCGCGGUAGGCACCGCCGCGAUUGGCCAACUUACGAAAGGAUGGCUCCGUGAAAGAACAUGGCUGCGACACAAGCCGAGAGCCAACAAAACGAUGUGAAUUUAAGUGAGUCUGUAAAAUGCAUACAAAAACGUCCUCAAGUCGUUGCGAAUAGUUCAAGUGCUAGUGGAAAACAGCAGCUGGAUCAGGAGCCGGCCGAUAAAACAGCCACCCGGGGCGCGGCCCAGCUGCUGAACUAUGUGAAGCGCGCGGACUCAGGUUUCGAGAUGAGUCAAUACCGUGAGGACAUUGGCGGACACACCGCCGCCGAGGUCAAAUCUCCCCGUGAACCCCAACAGAAUAAUCCCCAGGAUCAGCAACAGCAGUCCGUCAACGACGCCUCAGGUCCUGGACAUCCGGGAAAUCAUCCAAAUCAUCCCUUUGCACCCAACCGCGAUUACUCCGAUGAGUAUGCAUCAAAUAAGAGCAACGAUUCGUUCUCGAAACAACACGUCGAUUAUCCCGGCAAACAAACCGCCCCCGAUUACGGUAAACAAAUGCCCAAUGAACCCGAGCGAGGUGUUCAUCAUCAAAGCGAAAUGGAAGAACAUUAUUCCGUUUCCAAGAUAGAACCACGACUUGCUCACAUAGGCGCCGGCCCCGGAGCAUUCCCGGGACAACCAAGGUUCCUCUCGGGGCAGAGUAUAUCACAGGCAACUGGCCCAACCCCUACGCUUAAUCAAUUGCUCCAGGCAUCUAGCCCCAUGCAUCGGUUUCACUCCAAUUAUCCAGGAAUUGGACCCGAGUCCUAUCAGCAGCCCUGGCCUAUGCAGCGACCCCCAGUCGUACCUCCUGUUUAUCCACAACCUGGACAACGACCUCCGCAAACGGGUUCACCACGGUUACACCCUGGACCAGGAGGUCCUUCUCCAACUCCCAUGCCAUAUCAACCGUACUCUCAACGUUAUUCUUCGCCAGCAAGGCCACACUCACCCUAUGGUCAUCACCAGAUAAACUCAUAUGCCCAGGGUGGACACCCUUCAAGUAUAUAUGCUGAUCAACGAGGAUGGAAUCAAGCUGGACCACCAAAUCCACCACCUCCACCAACAAAUCAAACCAGCCCAUCCAGUCAGUCUCCACAACGUGCUCUUUCACAAUCUCCAGCACCACCUCCUUCUGCGUCGCCGCAGCCACAACCAAGUGGUCAACCACAGAAUUUUCAUAGUAUGCAGCAACGAUCAACAACUCCAAAUACUCAAGGAAUUGAUUCAGGGGAAUUAUCUGGCCAAAAUAGUAACGAUAGUUCGAAUGGACCUGCUGGUCCAGGAACACCAAAUUCCCAGGGGAUGAGGCCUACCCCUUCGCCUACAGGGUCCACAGGUUCUCGCUCGAUGUCCCCUGCUGUUGCAGGUCAGCAAAACGUUCAGAUGCCUCCACGACCGUCAAGCAGUCAGUCAGAAGGAAGUGGACCAGCACGAAUGAGUCACUCCCCCAUGGCUACUCAAGGAGGAUAUCAACAACCUCUUGGACCUUCACCGCACAUGCACAGUUACAAAAUGAAUAGUAGCGGUCCUGGUGUGGUUCAACCAGGACCAGUACCAACUGGGCUUGGCGGUAUUAAUCCAAUGAGUAGUGGAAUGGGAUAUGCAGCAGGUGGGGCUGCUGCGAAUCAACCUGGUGGUUAUCCUGGACAGGGUAGUUAUCCUCCUCCACGGCCACAUAUGCAGUUUCCUCAGGGUUAUCCGCCGCCAACAAAUUCACAACCGCCGCCGAACAACCAAUACCAAUCAGCCAGAUCAAACAAUAUGGUGCAAUACCCUCCUUAUCCGCAUAAAAUGGGCUUCAAUAGUGUAUCACCUGGCAUGCCACCGAGUCCUGGACCACCUCAAGUAUAUGGUACUGGCGCAGCUGGAACUAUGGUACCUCCAGGUACUCCGGGAAUCGGAGGCAUUGGCAACAUGGGCCCACCAACAAGUUCCAUGGGACCACCACCACCAUCUCCAAAUCAUGUGAGCAAUCAGCCGCCACCGCCACAACAUCCACAUCCACCAGCAGCAACACCGCCUCUUAAUCAUGAGGGAAGUCCAAUGCCACCACCAAGUACUACUCCAAAUUCACAUCCAACCCCUGCGCCCACACCUACCAGCCAUAGUUCUGCCGAUCUCUCUGCGGAAACGUCGAAUGACAGUGGAAUUACCACCACUGCCUCAGGUACCACCUCUAUUAAUGUUACGUCAACUUCAAGUGGAACAGUAACAUCUGUGAUAACGACGGGUCCCGAUGGCACUUCCCUGGACGAAGGUUCUCAGCAAUCUACGUUAUCGAAUGCAUCGGCUGCAUCUGGAGAAGAUCCAGCUUUUACACCAAAGGUUCGAAAAGACUUACUGGGAGCUUAUCACAGUCAUUCAACAACACCACAAAGCACAGUUCCAUCUCCUGGUGCUGCUAGCAUCAAUUCAAUACAUGAGGAAUAUCCAGACAUGAGUAGUCCAGGCUGGCCGCGCACACCUGCAAGUCCUGUAUUUAACAGCCAUGUGCCUCAAGACCCAUACAGAUCUAAGAAACCUGAUAGUUUAGCAAAACUGUACGAAAUGGAUGACUCGAUAGAAAGAAGAUCUUGGUUGGAUAAAUUGGUCACAUUUAUGGAAGAAAAACGAACACCAAUCACCAGUUGUCCCACGAUCUCCAAGAACCCCCUCGAUUUGUUUCGAUUAUACCUCUACGUGAAGGAAAGGGGGGGCUUCAUGGAGGUAUGCAAGGUGACAAAGAACAAAACAUGGAAGGACAUUGCUGGACUUCUUGGAAUUGGUGCGAGUAGCAGUGCUGCAUAUACGUUGCGCAAACAUUAUACGAAGCAUUUGUUGCCGUUUGAGUGUCACUUUGAUCGAGGAGGUGUUGAUCCACAACCGAUUAUUAAUCAGGUGGAGGCGGGUUCGAAGAAAAAAGGAUCCAAAGGUACAGCAUCCGUACCCUCGCCAGGUUCAUCAAAUUCACAAGACUCGUUUCCUGCCGCCGGUUCGAGUAGCACGUCCAUGGAUGGUUAUGGAAGUUAUCAAGGUAGCUAUCCGGGAGGCGCUCCAGGUGUACCUGGAGGAGAUUACACACCGCCACCACCAAGACCUCCUAGCCAAAGUAGCGCACCUACACCUCAUCAAGGGAUGCAACAAAGUAAUUACCAAAAUACUGGCUCCUUUCAAAAUUAUCCUCAAGAACAAUAUAUUAGACCACAGGGUAGUGGAAUGUCGCAGCAGGGAGAGUUCAAUCAACCGUACACACCUCGCACGCAUUAUCCGCCUUACGUACCCGACUCUGAAAGGUUUGUUCCAAAUAGGGGAUACUCUGGGGGUAACAUGCCGCCGAACAGUGCCGGAAGUCAAGACAUGUACAAUAGGUAUGCUGGCAAUCAGCAGCCGACUAGUUAUUCAACUGGAACACCGCCCGGUGCUCGUAAUAGCAAUUAUCCUUCGACGCCCCAGGGUCACCCGCCGAAUGCACAACAGCCACCACCCUCGUGUCAACCAUCUUCCUCGGCACAAUCAUCCGCAUCUUCGACAUUUUCCUGUCCUCAAGAUUAUUACAGACAAGAACAGAGUGGAUACGGAGCUCCAGGUGGAAGUCAAAUUUAUCCCUCGGCAACAGCAGCUAACAAAAAUAUGCCGCCACCUCCACCAGGUCCUCAGCAACCUAGGCGACAUCCAGAUUUUGCCAAAGACCAGCAGUAUCCUCAGUAUAAUCAGCAACGGCCGGCCUAUCCAGGAUGGCCAGGUGCGACGAAUCAGUAUAACAGUGGCAGUGCAGGAGCUAGAGUUCAGUAUCCUAGUCAGCAACCUCAACCGCAGUCACAACAACCACAACCACCGCCGCCACAACCUCCGGUUGCUUCUGGUGCUCCUGCUCCAUCUGGUGUUGCAGGAAUUCCUAGCUCUCAACAAUGGGUCGGCCAACAGUCAACUAGGCCCACGGCCCAACCAAGUAUUCCUAUCUCUCAUCCACCGACACUUUGGGAACGUCAUUAUUCAAGUCAACCGUCAACUCUAUAUCCACCUCCUGGCUCUCAUCAGAGUCAACUUGGCAUAAAUCCUAUGCUGAAUCAACAACCAGCACCUAAAAGAGAAAUGACAUUCCCACCUGACAGCGUUGAAGCAGUCACACCAUUAUUGUACAAACGACGAAAAUUAACGCGCACAGACGUUGCGCCAGUUGAAGCCUGGCGAGUUAUGAUGGCGUUACGAUCAGGACUUCUUGCUGAAAGUUGUUGGGCACUGGAUGUUCUAAACAUUCUUUUAUUUGACGACUCUUCUGUGAGUUACUUUGGACUGACGCAUCUACCUGGAUUAUUAGAUGUUUUAUUGGAGCAUUUUUCACGUUCGCUCUCUGAUAUGUUCGAAUCAUCAACAUCGGACGAGGAGCGAUACUGGGGUCAAACUGUGGAUGGACCAGAAGUUGAUCUUGGUUCAGUGGUGCGGCCAAUUGAUCCAGAAGAUCGUACAAAAUUAUUGUCAUCGUCAAAUUACACCUUCCUCUCGAGACGUGGUCGUCCAGUGAAAAUGGUUCCAAGGGAUGAUGAGAUAUUUGUUUUGGACAGCCGUAGAUCCUGGGAUCAUCAAGACUGUGAAGUAGAAACUGAGCCCUGGCAAGUAGAAAGUAACACCACCAAGUAUAUUGUCACUUGUUUUCAAUCAGAAACUGGUAAUGUACCUUUUGCGCGACAUUUGCGAGACGAGAAACCUCCUCUCUUGCAAAAAGAAGUUGAUAGUGUUGAUUCAAAAGAUGAAAUAAAAAUCUCUGAAUCAUCAUCACCGCCUGAAAAUUCCGAGUCACAUAGAAAACCCGAGCAAUUGUGUGGUGGUGGUGGUGAUAAGCCAAAGGAUAUUGGCGAACGUAAACAAGAGAAGAAAAAGAAGACAAAAUCAAUUAGCGAUGUUCUAUCAAGGAUUAAGAAGGAACCCGUUGAAAUGAAUGAUCUCACGCGGGAACUUUUUGAAAAGAAAAAUGACAGUUCAAGAAAAGAAUGUGAAGUUGAUUCAAAAGCAAAUAAUAAUGUUGGUGAGCAUUUUGUUGAAUUGCCAAAAGAUGAUGAGGAAUCACUUCCAAAUCAAAAUGGCCUCAGUGAUUCGACAAGUACAAUUGAUUCGGAGAAACGGGAGAUUAAAGUUGAACCUGAUGAGGAAGGUGGUAUAUCGAGUGAAGAGAAAGAGGGACCAAGAUUGAAAAUAAAAGAUCCAGCUGGAACAUUAAAGAGAAGACGAAUAAGUGACUAUGAGGAUGAGAGUUAUUCACGUGAUGAGGCGAGUCUUUAUCUCGUCACUGAGACACAAAAUAGUUUAGCCCAACGUUGUGUUUGUUUGUCAACGAUUCUUAGGAAUUUAACAUUCAUACCGGGCAAUGAGAGUGAAUUUGCCAAGAAUGUCACAUUUCUCAGUCUCCUUGGAAAACUUUUACUAUUGCAUCAUGAACAUCCAGUGAGAACAUUAAAAACACGAAACUAUGAUCGUGAAGAGGACGCUGAUUUUGCCGAUUCGUGUAGUAGUCUUCAGGGUGAAGGUGAAUGGUGGUGGAAUUUUUUGCAUCACAUCAGGGAAAAUGUAUUGGUUAUGUCGGCUAAUAUUGCUGGUCAUUUGGAUCUCAGUCAGCAUCCAGAGGAGAUAUCGCGACCUGUUCUCGAUGGAUUAUUACAUUGGGCGGUGUGUCCAGCUGCACAUGGACAGGAUCCAUUUCCAACGGUGAGCUUAAAUUCAUCACUCUCACCGCAGAGGCUUGCACUUGAGGCAUUGUGUAAACUUUGCGUGACGGAAAGUAAUGUUGAUCUCGUUGUGGCAACACCGCCUUAUUCACGAUUGCAGAGACUCUGUUCAGUUCUCACGCGACUUCUAUGUAGAAGUGAAGAACAAUGUCUACGGGAAUUUAGUGUGAAUCUUUUGUAUUUCCUAUCGGCAGCUGACAGCGGUGUGGCACGAAGUAUUGCACUGCAAACGCCAUGUGUUGCAUUGCUAGUGGCGUUUAUUGAACAAGCAGAGAGCAGCGCACUUCAAGUGGCAAAUCAACAUGGAUUACCAGCAUUACGUGAAAAUCCUGAAUCAAUGGGCACAAGUCUCGAUAUGUUGCGACGUGCUGCGGGAACAUUAUUAAAUCUCGCGAGGCAUCCUGAUAAUCGGACUUUACUUUUGCAACAUGAAUCGCGAAUGUUGGCACUUGUUAUGAGCCAAAUUCUCGAUCAACAAGUGGCGGCAAUUGUCGCGCGAGUUCUGUUCCAAUGCUCGAGGAGCAGUGUAACGUCGUAACUCGAAGAGCGGUGUGCAUACCACCAUUUAUUUUCUUCGUAGAUAAAAACUACUCGUUUUUUUUUCUUUUUGUCAAAUUCGAGUUUUGAACAUUUAAAACUGUGACGCGAUUGUAGUUUUAUAUAUAAACACAAGUAUAAGAUAAAAGAAAAAAAAAAAAAAAAAUGCUAAUUAUCGGUGUUAGCGCAGUGUGGUUAGCGCCAUUGGUAUACCUUUCAAUCGUGAAUUGAAAUAAUAUCGAUAGUGUAAUGUAAGAUAAUCAAUAGUCGAGAAAUAUAUGAAUGGGAGAUAGUUAAAAAAUGAAAAUGUGAGAUAAACGGUACGAGAGAAUAUUUGCAGAAUGUUAGAGUAAUGAUAAAGAAAGAGAGAGUAAGAAUAAGAUAAAAGGAUAGGAAAAUUAGAAUGCGUAAAAAAAUAGGAAUGGUUGAAAAAAAAAAUGGGGGAAAGGAACGAGUAAUAGAGAGAGAAAAAAGAUUACGUAAAAGUGGAAAGAAUUUUAGGAGGAAAUAAAAAAAGAGUGAAUGUGUUUGAAUGUGAUUUGAAAGAGAGAACAAAAAAAAGUAAGAAUAAAUGAAAAUUCCGAGAAAAAAAACAGCAGCUGCAUAAUAAUAUAUAAAAGAAAAGCCACCAAUAAAAAAAAUGCAACUCGCAUCGUGCGAUGUGUUAUAUAUCGUGGAUUACGAUUAUAUAUAUAAAUAUAUAAUAAUAUAAUGCAAAUUUUUAUAUUUGCAUGUUUUUGUGCUGUAAUUAGCGAGUAAUUAAGGUAUUUUGUAGAUAACACACACUUCCAUUGAAUCUUAUUCGGUUUGUGUCAUCGAAAUGUGCGAUGACACCCCAAAUAUUGUGCGUGGAUUAGACCCACAAGUCUCGACAUUUAACAAAAACAAAUAAAAAAAACAGGCAGGAACAAGAAACAACAAGAAUUAAAUUUUGAAAUGAUUGAUAUAACUUCUGAAUAAAUGAGAAAUGGGGUGAGUAAAAGAAACCAGAAGGAAUAAAUAAGAAUCAAGGGAUGAAUGAAUGAAUGUUGAUAAAAAAUAAAAGAAAGAAAGCAAGAGAAUUGAAUGAGAACAAUUUUUUUAAAACAAUAAAAAUUGAUACGUGUGAUACGUACCAUUUUGUUGCUCGGCCGGGUGGGGCUGUGGGGAGGGGGACGGAAAUGUGGGUGUGAGUGAAAAAUUUUGUUGGGGAAAUUUUUUUUUUUUUUUUUGUGGUGUAACGGGGAAUGGGGGACAGGGUCUACCAGACACUAGCUUAAGCGAACUAACGAGUAGUCAUUCGCUUGCACUUUAGCAAAGAAUGAAAUUCUUCCGUUCUUUAUACAUAUGCAUAUAUUUUAUUUUAUUUAAUAUAAAAAAAAAGUGAAAGAAAGAUUAAAAGGCGAUUUUUAAAAAAAGAAAAAACCCGCUCGUGCGUUAAAUACGAGAAAAAAGUGGAAUAAUUGCGAUGAUAAUUGUUUUAUAAUAAAAAAAAAAGAGGAGCGUCUCGAUGUGUAAAAAGUGUGGACUAAUUAGAAAUUCUUGGGCAAAAGUGUUCGAAUAUGAAUACUAAAUUCAAAUAAUAGUUGUGUGGGACUCCUUGAUAAAAAAUAAUAAUAAAUUAUCAUCGAUUGUACAAACGACGCUAAUUUGUAAAAAAAAAAAAAGAAAAAAAAAUAA